AUGGGGAACCACGGCUCAAACCUGGACGAUAUCCUGGCGGAGGACAUGCACCACUGGUACAACAAGUUCAUGCGGGAGUCUCCGUCAGGCCUCAUCACUCUGUUCGAGCUGAAGGCCAUUCUGGGCCUGAAGGGCAUGAACGAGAACGCCAACAGCUACGUGGACCAGGUCUUCUUAACCUUCGACAUGGACGGGGACGGUUACAUCGACUUUGUGGAGUACAUUGCAGCCAUCAGUCUAUUGCUGAAAGGAGAAAUCAACCAGAAACUAAAGUGGUACUUCAAACUGUUCGACCAGGACGGCAACGGAAAGAUCGACAAAGAUGAACUGGAGACCAUCUUCUCUGCCAUCCAGGACAUCACACGAAACCGAGAAAUCGACCCCGAGGAGAUCGUCUCGCUCAUAUUUGAGAGGAUCGAUGUGAAAGGGGAAGGUGAGAUGACCCUCGAGGAGUUCAUCGAGGGAGCCAAAGAUCACAAUGACAUCAUGGAAAUGCUGAAGAACCUGAUGGACCUGACGCCGGUGUUAGUCAUCAUCGUGGAGGGCCGGAGGGGAUGA